AUGAAUGGUUCCGAAGCGAUUUCUCGUCUGGAGGCGGUGGCAGCAAGGCUGGAAGCAAUCGAGUCACGGAUGCGUUCAGUCGGUGUAGGUCCAGGAGCUUCUGCAGGCCAGGAAGCUGCACCUCAGGAAGAUGCUCCAUUUGUCAAAGCAUUCGACGAAUUGAUCCACACGCACUUUGCUCCCAUUGAGACUGCGGCGAAAUCCUUUGAGAAAGACGUUGAAGGGGUCAUCACUGCCUUCCGAGGAGCUAUCAACGAGCAGAGGAAGUUUCUUGUCAUCGCAAGCAAGUGUGUGAAACCCAAUGCGAAUGACAUGCAGAAAGUUCUCGCUCCGGUUUCUGAAGCCAUGUCAAAGGUUGACUCGCUCAAGGACAGGAGGAGCAGCAGAUUCAACCAUCUUGCCAUGGUUGCGGAGGGUGCAGCAUGCCUCGGAUGGAUUGCUAUCGAUCUUCCUGCUCCUUAUUUGGGUGACGUCAUUCCCGCAAGCGAGAUGUAUGGCAACAAGAUCAUGAUGGAGUUUCGAGGAAAGGACGAGAACCAUGUUAACUUCGCCAAGUCUUUCAAGCAGUUCUUGCUCGAGCUCCAGAAGUACGUGAAAGCACAUCACACAACUGGCGUCGCUUGGAAUCCAAGAGGAGGAACAGACUACACCGCGGGUAGCGAACCUGCAAAAGCCGCGUCUACAGCCUCCGGAUUCUUCGAUGAUGUCGCCAAGCCUGCAAGCUCGGGACCCUCGGCCCAUGCUGCUCUGUUUGCCGAAAUUAACGCAAAAGGCGAAGGCGGCGUGACCAAAGGCUUGAAGAAGGUGAGCAAAGAUCAGAUGACUCACAAGAAUCCUGCCCUGCGCGCUUCAUCUGUGGUAGCAGACAAGGAGAAGUCUUCCUCUACCAUAUCCCGCGCCGAACCUGCCAAGAAGCCUCCCAAGAUGGAGAAGAAUGGAGCCAAGUGGUUCAUCGAGAACAUGGAGAACAAUCGAGACCUCAAGAUUGAUGAUGCAAGCACCAAGACCUCUGUCUGUAUGGCGCAAUGCAAAGGAUCGCUGCUCCAGAUCCCUGGCAAAAUCAACACGGUUCAGAUGGACGGCUGCACGAAGACUUCGAUGGUAGUCGAUUCGUGCGUGGCUUCAGUAGACGUGAUCAACUGCAAGUCGUGUGAGAUUCAGAUCCUUGACUGGACCCCGAUGAUCACCAUCGACGGCUGCGCUGGCGUCAUCGUGUAUCUCUCGCAGAGAUGCGUCGACGAAGAUGUGGCGAUUGUAACCUCCAAGUGCUCUGAGUUGAACAUCGUCCUUCCAGCUAAGGUUCAGAGCGACGCGGAGGAUCCAACUGAGCUGCCAAUCCCAGAGCAGUACGAGACUCGUAUCCGCAACGGGCAACUUGUUACCACUUGUGUGGCUCAUGUUGGAGCCUAA